AUGAGGAGCUCGAGGUGUAUCUUCAGCACCGCAUCGGCCCUCCGAUCCGUCUUCAUCGCCCCAAUUGAAGUCACAAAACCCACACCUCUCCUCCUCACCCAAAAAUGGCAAGCUUUCACCCCUCUCCCAUCGCACCACCAACGAGCCUAUGCCUACAUGGUAACGCCCAAAGACGCACCCACUAAAUCGCGUCUCCCGCGCGACCAGGAGAUCCCGUACCCUUACAUCCGUCUCGUGGAAGACGGCAUCCUGCUCGAGGGAUCCCGCCGUCUAACCUUCGUCCUCUCACAACUCGAGCCCAAAACCGAAUCCCUCGUCAUGGUCGUCGAGCCGACGGACGAGGAACCGUACCCCAUCUGCAAGAUCAUCAACAAAGAAGCCGAGUACAAGCGCCUCAAGGCGGCGAAGAAGGAGCGGGCCAGGGACCCCGGAAAGACGACCAAGACGCUGGAGUUGAAUUGGGCGAUUGGACGGAAUGAUUUGGCGCAUCGACUGGAGAAGAUGAGGGAGUUUUUGAGGAAGGGGUUCAAGGUUGAGAUGGUGCUGGUAAAGAAGAAGGCGAAGGGGAAGCCGCCUAUUUCGAUGGGGGUUAUGGAGGGGUUGGUGAGGAGGAUUAGAGAGGUUUUUGGGGAGGGGGGGUGGAGGGAGCAUAAGGAGAUGGAGGGGAGUGUUGGGGGGCAGGUUACUCUUUUUGUGCAGGGGAGGUUGGAGAAGGGGGAGAAGGGGGAGAAGGGGGUGGGUAAGGAGAAGGAGGUGGACAGUAAGGAAGAGGGAGAGAGUGUUGGAGAGGGGGAGAGUGUUGUAGAUGGGGAGAGUGCUGUAAAAGGGGAGAGUGUUGUAGCUGGGGAGAGUGUUGUAGAAGGGGAGCGUGUUAUAGAUGGGGAGCGUGUUGUAGAAGGGGAGAAUGUUGGAGAAGUAGAGGAGGGGAAAUGA